ACACCGAGGAACUUCUACAGUAAAAGUUGUCGUCUGGUUUGACUGGAGCGUUGGUGGGCUUCUUCUUUGCACAGAGAGAGAGAGAGAGAGAGAGAGAGAGAAGAAAAAGACGCGAAUAGUUUUGUCGUAUAAAAAAAACGAUUUAACGAAUUUACGUUUUAGUCGUGCUUAUGGUCUGGACUAGAGCUCGCCUUACUUUUUUUCUGCGCUGGACUAUUGGUCAAUGGUCUCCACAUUGGCUAAAGUCGAUGCCUAGUAUCACAUUUAUCUGAAUUAUUGCGCGUAAAGACCGUGUUGUCAUGUCACGAUUCCAUAUCUUUUUACUAUUCCUGGUGACCUUUUAUCAGAGAGCUGCUGGGACACAAUGAGGAUCUAAGAUGGUGUCACUUUCUGACCCUGGCCAAUGGGGAUGUGACCUGCCACUUCCCCCGAGGAGAGAACUACCGCAGCACACUAGGCACCCGCUGCGAGAUGACCUGUGACCGUGGCUACAAGCUGCUGGGCAGAUCCUCGGUGCAGUGCAUGCCCAACCGCCAGUCACUGCCGCUAGGUUUGUUGCAACGUGCUGCACCUGAUCUGGCAUGGCACGUACCACUGCACCCAGGGUUAUGUGGUGGACUCCAGCUGUGGCUACAUCUGUGAGCUGGGGUACCGGAUCGAGGGGGACCACUCUCGUACCUGUCUGGAUGGGGGGUCCUGGAGUGGGGCAGAGUCCAUCUGUGCAGUGUAACACUGAUAGGCCAGGGGCCAGAUACCAACUUUAAAGAGGGGAUGAACAUUAUCCGGCACACAGCACAUGACCAAGCCAGAAACAGGGCUGCCUGCAAGUUCAUUGUUCGUGUGGAGGUCAGGAGGUGUCCAGUCCUCAAGCCCCCUCUCCAUGGUUACCUCACCUGUGACGGGAACAACUACAGGCGGUGUGCGAGUACCACUGUGACAGGGGCCAGGAGAGGGGGAUCUCCAGCCGUGUCUGCCAGUUCGACCACAGCUGGACUGAGGCCCCUGCUGAAGUUUAAAACAGAUGUGGAUACAGCUUCUGGGCUCCUGGACCGGUUCUACGAGAAGAAGAGGAUUGUGUCGGCACCUAACGUAGCCCAUGGAGACUACAAACUCCAGAACCUUAUGGUACAGAAAGCAGAUUGUGGUCUGGACAUAAGAGGAGUGACAGUGAUUGAGCUGCUAGGGUCCCCUCCUCGAGAAGUGGGUCACAUCAAGGGACGUCACCUGGACACUGAGGUCAUUGAGGGUCUGAGGCUUUCCGGAUGCUACUUCAACAUGGUGCUGCUGGACAAGGAUGGUUUGGACCACGAGAGAUUCCUCACACCCACCACAUCCGAUGAGCUCUUCUCAUACAUCGACAAUAACCUUUUGGAUGAAGAAGAACGGAGGCGGUUGGAGUUAGAGACCUCUGACUAAGAGUGCCCCCUGGUGGCUUGGAGAGGUCAGACACUUUUACAAAGAUAUCAGCUCAGAGGAAGGCUGGCCCAGAAAAGAGAUAACAGCUCUGCUAGUCAAAUGUUUCCAUUGGCUGAUAAACCUGAAAAACAGGCUAAGAUCUCUUCAUCUAAAAGUAUAGAGAUGGUUGGUGUAUUGUUAGAGGAUGAAACAUAGGUACCUUUACUUCACCUUCCAUACUGCACAGAUGGGUAUAACAAACAUGGAUGAUUAAAGGUUCAGUCACUUCAUAUUUUUAUUUAUUUGGUGAAUUAAAUAUUUGAUAGUCAUAGGACUCAAAAGAGCAUAAAAGUUUAAAUAAAAUGAGUCUCCUUCA